AAAGCGCCAGAGAGGCCGAAUGAGGGUGAGCAAUGAGGGACUGGAAUAAUCUCUCUUCCAGCGCCUCCUAGUUAUGGAGGCGUGCCGCUCAGCCUUCUGGGAAAUGGAGUUCCCAGCGGGACUUGGGGGGGUCAAGUUAGAGGGAGUUGGCGGCGCUUGCGAAGGGUGCGCGCGCAGCAUCCCCUUCUCCGGUUUCCUCCCCGCCCCUCCCCCCGGAAGUUUCUUCUGGACAACUGAAAAGGCUAUCAAGAUGGAGUUUCCAACUCAGUGAUCCAGAGAUUACACCCUGAGUCCACAAAGCAUGAUCUCCUUCUGUCCAGUCUGUGGCAAAAGUGUCAAAGGCUCAUUCAAGUUCUGCCCGUACUGUGGCAAGGCCCUGCCUGUGGAGGAGCAUGCAGAAGCCCAGACUGGCACUACACGGCUUGUGCCAUCCUUUAGAGGCUCAAGGAGAGAGCUGAACUCUAGUUCUGAAACCUCUCCCAAGAAAGUGAAAUGGUCACACACUGUCACCUGUCUCCCACCCUCCCUCCUCUCUGACUGUGACGGUUCUGAAGAUACCUGGACUUCUCCUGAGAGAGCCACAGGUACCUGGCGCAGACCCCCAACCCCCAGAGGCAGCCCACAGUCCUCCAGGCUAAGUCCUCAGACACUGAAGCGGAGCCGAGUGACCACCUCACUCCAGGCUUUGCCCACGGGGACAGGGCUGACAGACAAGAAAGGGCAGCACUGGACACUCAGGGCCCUCCAGACCCGGGGUGACCAAGGCAUUCUCUAUGAAGCUGAGCCCUCUUCUGUCCCACCCUGUGAGUCAGGGGCUCGGAAGCACAGGUUCUCACUCAAACUGGACUCCAAGGAUGGGCGCCUUUUCAACGAGCAGAACUUCUUUCAGAGGGCAGCCAAGCCUGCACAAGUGAACAAGUGGAAGAAACAGUUCCUGGUUCCGCUCCUGGCCAUCCCCACAUGCGUCGGCUUUGGCAUUCACCAAGACAAGUACAGGUUCCUGGUGUUCCCCAGCCUGGGGAGAAGCCUUCAGUCAGCCCUGGAUAACACCCCAAAGCAUGUGAUAUCAGAGAGAUGUGUGCUGCAGGUGGCCUGCAGGCUGCUGGAUGCUCUAGAGUUCCUCCAUGAAAAUGAGUAUGUUCAUGGGAACCUGACAGCUGAGAAUGUCUUUGUGAAUCCAGAGGAUCUAAGCCAGGUGACCCUGGUGGGCUAUGGCUUCACCUUCCGCUACUGCCCAGGUGGCAGACAUGUGACCUACAAAGAAGGCAGCAGGAGCCCACAUGAGGGAGACCUGGAGUUCAUUAGUGUGGACACGCACAAAGGAUGUGGGCCCUCCCGCCGCAGCGACCUCCAGACCUUGGGCUACUGUAUGCUCAAGUGGCUUUAUGGGUCCCUGCCAUGGACAAACUGCCUUCCCGACACUGAGGAGAUCACUAGGCAGAAGCAGAAGUUUCUGGACAGCCCCGAGCUCUUCGUGGGACUUUGUAGCCGCUGGAACAGAGCCACAGAGACCCUGCAGGAAUUCCUGAAGGUGGUGAUGGCCCUCAGUUACGAGGAGAAGCCGCCUUAUGCCAUGCUCAGGAACUGUCUAGGAGCCCUGUUGAAGGAUCUGCGGGUGUCACCCUAUGACCCCCUGGACCUCAGGAUGGUGCCUUAGGUGGAAUCCAGAGCUUCCGACUUGCAGCUUGAAAUAGAAUGUGAAGUAGUGUGUCAAGGCCUUCUGUUUGAACUCAUACACCCCUAAAAGAAUCCCUUGAGUGCAUCUCGCCACUCCCUUCGGACAUGUGAAGCAACCCUCUCAGUGUUGGAGAACCUGAGUCAUCUCCCGUAAUGUGAAACUUCCUCAUCCCUCCACAGUUGGGAAUGGAGAUGACUGGAUGCUGGUGGUAGCGGUGGCCACUCCCUAGGGCCCUCCAUCCAUGGGCAUUCCUGUGAUUCCAUAAUAAACUUUUUAAUCAAUGCCUGGA